AUGUUAGCUAAUUAGGUUAACACUAGUUGGAUGCUUCCUGACGAAUAAUGUUGGGUAGAAUAGGACUCUAAAAGUGAUAGCGAUGUUUUGUUUAAGAAAGCCAUUAUCAAAAGUUUAGAUAAUAAUAAAUAAAGUGCGAAUAUUGUAAUUAUAGAUGAGCAAGGAAAGCCACAAGGAUCAGAGAUCAAGGUGAGCGUCUCUUUGCUUUAAGAGUGUAAUAAAGAAUCCAGGCCCCAAGGAUGGGAUGAUAUGGUUUAGAUGAAUACUCUAAACGAUGCGGAAAUAUUGAUUAAUGUGAAAAAGAGAUUCUCACAAGAUUUAAUAUUUUCAUACAUUGGUCCCACUCUUAUAGUCAUGAAUCCUUAUAAAAUUAUUUAGUAAAGCUUUAAUCCUCAAGUUAUGAACAUGUUUUAGAGAGCUGUUUAAAAAGGCGAAGCAUUUUAGUAGUCAGAAUAUCCUCCUCAUGUUUAUGCACUCUCAGCAAAUGCUUAUAUUCAGCUAUUUUCAAAUAAUAAAAAAUAAGCAAUUGUAAUUUCAGGCGAAUCAGGUGCAGGAAAGACAGAAAAUGCAAAAUAUUCUAUGAAAUAUAUAACUUCAUUGAGUGAUGCUGCUCAUUCUCAUAGCGAGCACAAUGGUUAUACAACAAAUAAAAAGUAAUAAGGAGCUAAACAAGCACCAAUUGAAGAGAAGAUUCUAGGAUGUAAUCCUAUUUUGGAAUCAUUUGGUAAUGCGAAGACAGUCAGAAAUAAUAACUCAAGUAGAUUUGGUAAAUAUGUCAGAAUUUGGAUAGAGAAAAAGAAAAGACUAAUUUAAGGAGCUGAGAUUUCUAAUUAUUUGCUUGAAAAAUCUCGUGUUACUAUGGUUGCUGAAGGCGAAAGAAAUUAUCAUAUUUUUUAUUCAUUUCUUGCGGGUGUGAAUCAAUAGAUACUUGAAGAGUUCAAAAUAUUAAGAGAUCCAAAACAGUUUAAUUACCUCAACUAAAGUUCAUCCUUCCAAGCUGAAGGCAUAGAUGAUGUUGAGAAUUUUAACGAAGUGUAACAAUCAUUCUAAAAGUUAAAUUUUACAUCCUAAGAAGAAAAGUCAAUUUAUUCAAUUCUUGCAGGUAUUUUGCAAUUGGGAAAUAUUAGUUUUGAUGAUAAGACCUAUUCUGAAGGAGAAAAACCUUGUUCUCUUAUAAAUUAAGAAGCCUUAGAAAAAGCUGCGUUUGUUUUGAAGGUAGACAAAGAAGAACUUAAAAACUGUUUAGUUUAUAAAAGAAGAGUCCUGCCUGGGGGAAAGCCUAUUGACUCUCCAAUAAGCAAAUAAGAAUGCAACAUUACAAGAGAUUCUUUGGCUAGAGCUCUUUAUGAUAAGCUUUUUAAUUGGCUGGUUAGCAAGCUAAAUUAAAAUAUUAUGCCUAAUAGCAGUGUAAAUAUUGCUGAUUGUUUGAGUUUGGGAUUAUUGGAUAUUUUUGGAUUUGAAAAUUUUAAAGUGAACUCUUUCGAAUAACUUUGCAUUAAUUACACAAAUGAAAAGCUGCAGCAAUUAUAUAUUGUUUAUGUUUUCAAGUCUGAAGAGCUAGAAUUUAAAGCAGAGGGAUUAAAUGAUUAUAUGAAUUAAAUACAAUUCAAGGAUAAUUAAGGAAUUAUUGAUUUGAUUUCUUUGCCUAAGAAGAGUAUCUACGAUUUACUUGAUGAUGAAAGUACAAUCAAUACAGGAUCUGACGAAUCAUUGCUUAAAAAGAUUCUUAAAGAACAUGCUUAAAACUAAUAUCUUGUUAACGUAAAACCCCAUCUCAUAAAAGAUACUUUUUCUAUUAGACAUACAGCAAAAGAUGUCGAAUACAACAUUAAUGGAUUUAGAGUAAAAAACAAAGACGAAAUUAGUGAUUCAAUUAAUGAUGCCUUAAGCAAAACUUAAAUUAAUGAAAUUAAAACCAUUUGGACUUUUGAUGACUUACAAAAUUCUUAAUAGGUCGAUUAAAUUUUGAAUCAAAAAAUUUAAGUUAAGUCUAAGUCUAAUAAAUUUUUAGGAGCAAAGUUCCGUAAUUAAAUUAAAGAAUUGAUGGAUGAACUUCAGUGCUGCGAUGUCCAUUUUAUUCGUUGCAUAAAACCAAAUGAAUUAAAAUAAAAAGAAUUGUUUGAUUAAAAUUUCGUUAUGCUUUAAAUUAGGUAUUUAGGUAUUUUAGAAUCUGUAAGAGUUCGUAAAGAAGGUUUCCCUUCGCGUUUUGAUUAUGAUAUAUUCUACAAAAGAUAUUACGAACUAUGCUAAUCAUUUAAACAUACAAAUCCAAACAAAUUUAAUUAAUUAGCUAUUUAAAAUAAGUAAGAUUUAUGCACUUAAUUAAUUCAAACAUUAAUUAAGGAUUUAAAAUUGGUAUUAAACAAAAAUGUGUUAUUUGGUAAAACUAAAAUUUACAUGAAAUUAGCUGUUUCGAACCAUUUAGACUUUUUGUUACUUGAAUUUUAUAAGGCUUAAGAAGAAAAAGCUAAUAAAAUAAAAAAGUUUUUAAAAUUAUGUAUUUAUAAAAAAAAUGUAUUUUUAAAGAUCAAAUGGCUUAAAGAGUAGAGAGCUAAAUUAAAUAUUUUAGUAAAGAAAUUCAAAGAAAAGCAAUUAGCUAAGUAGUAAAAAAAGCUAUAAGCUUUAGAAAGUUUUAAUUUAUUAUAUGUAAUGAGACUCUACUAUGCAUUUAAUAUAUUGAAAGAAGCUUCAUUGUAGGAUAAAAAAUUGUAAUUUUUCAAAGUUUUAGAUACAGCUUUUAAGCGUACAGCUUAGUAGAACUAUUAGCAUGUCUUUACUUUACUUAAGUUAAAGUUUUCACCUCAGCAAAAAGCAAAUAUAAUUGGAAAUCAAAUUUAACAAAUAGAUAACUUAAUUACCGAUGAGGAGUAAUAAAAAAAGUAAACAGAAAAUUAAAAUAUUUUAUAAAAAUAGAAUGGUUCAUCUAAUGAGCCAAGUAAUUAAUCUUCUUCUCUAAUAAAUUCCAAUCAAACUAAUGAAAACAGUAACAGAAAUACUGAAAAUCAGCAAGAUUAUUUUCAUAAUAUUUUAAAUGAAAAUGAAAGUGAGUAGCCAUAGGAAAGAAAUAUUAGAGAUGAAUUCUCAACUAAUGGCUUGGAAGUAUGGCCAUUAAUGACUUAGCUAGAAGAUAAAAAUGAGAGAUAACUUAUUGAGGAGAACAAAAGUGAUAAUCUAAUGUCAUUUUUUAGAAAUGGAUAUGUAUCUUAAUAUAGUACUCUCAAUCCUAAGUAGUCUCACAUAGAUUUAGAAAAGCCAUCACAACUUCCAAUAGAUCCUGAUUAUGAAAUAUAAUUCGAUGAUAUUGAUGGUGCACUUAUGAGAAAAGUAGAGGAUAAUGACUUUUUCUCAUUUUGUGAGAGUUAUAUAGUAAAAUCAAAAAAGAACUUCGGAAAGAAAAUGCCUCCAAUAAAAUAAAUUAUGAGCUACUCCAGCAGCAAUCUCGUUGAUCCUCUUACUCAAAGCCCUACAAUAUAGAAUCAUUCUUAACUAAUUUUUAGAUCUCUUCUAAAAUUAGCCAAAAAUAGGAGAUCACGUUUCCCACCAAAUACUCAUAUUGAAAACAUUAUAUUGAUGUGUUAUGGAACUCCUGAAAAAAUGAACGAAUCUAUUUUUUCCUCUGUAAAAGAUGAAAAUUCUAAGAUUAUGGAAAACUAUGCAUCAAAAAUGUAAACUAAUUCCAUCUAACGAGAAUAGAAACCCAAUGAUAGCUUAAACCAGAGCCAUCAGUCGAUGGGAUCUACUAUAAAUUAAAGUGCAAUUUAGGGAAAUAAUGAUGAUGACGAUGAACCAAAUAUUAAAGAAAUUCUUGGUAAUAAAAUAAUGUAAAUAGUCAAUAAUAGCCAUCAGCCAAUCAGAGACGAGACCUUCAUGUAAGUUUGCAAGCAAAUUCAUAACUAGCCAAUAUUAGACAGUCAAAGGAUCCUCCUGUAAUUCUUUACUGAAUUGAUAGGGCUUUUCCCUCCAAGCGAUUACCUAUUAAUCCCUUUAAUGAGCUUCUUCAAAUACAUAGCUACUCAAUCUGCUUGUACAAAAGUCUAAAAAGAAUGCAAAUACAUUUUUGUUAAGCUAGCUAAGUUAUGGUAGAGUUUUAAUAUGAUUAAAAUGGUAGAUUUUACUUAGUACAAUCAAUAAUUUUUAGAAGAAAAUAAAAUAUUUAAAUCAAUUGAUAAAGACUAGUGGACAAGUGAAGUCUUAAAAAAGCAAAUAUCUUAAUUUGAUUUCUUCUACAAUCAUUUAUAAAGAGUGGAUUCAAGAGAACAAAUUCCUACAGAUUGGGAAUUAUCUAUAGCAAACGAGCAUAAAUUGUUUAAAGUGAAAAUAUAUUUACUUAAUGAAACUAGUAUUUCUGUUAUCAUCGACUCGUCUUUCUCUGUUAAGUAGGUCAGAGAUUUAGUCCUUAAAGAAUUGGGAUUAAAAUAUAGAAGUUAAUAUUUUGGUAUUGUUCAAUCAAAGAUAUCAGAAGGUAAACAUUACGAGCAUUUCCUCAAAAACAACUAAAAGAUGUUAGAUGCACUUAACACUGUUAUAAAUGACACUAAAUUUUUAGAAGGCUACAAAAAGCAAGUUAUUACAAAAUUUUACUUAAGAAUUAAAAUAUGUUACAAACUUUACAAACAUGACAUAGAUUCAACUAUUAUGUAUUUUAUUUAAAAUGCAUUUGAUGUCCGCUAUAAUAAGUAUUACCUGAAAGAAAUAGAAGAAUAAACACUAGCUGCUUACCAUCUUUAUAUAGAGUUCGGACCUUAUAAUCCAAUUUAUGAAAAAGAGUGCAGAGAAAAGUUUUAAGAUUUUCUCCCUAGUAAGAGGGUUAUCCCAAAAUCCCCACCUGAUCUUUAUUAGAAAGUGCUUCUCAUAUACAAAUAAUUGUAGUUCGAAUCUUAAAAUUAAGCUAGGUGGUAAUAUUUGGAGCUCCUUAGAACAAAAGAUGCAUUCAUGUCUUACUAGUUGGAAGCUCACUAAUUUUGUAUCAAAUAAAAUGGAGACAAAUUUUAAAAAAAUAAAGAGGGAAGAUUAGUACACUUGGCAAUCAGACCAUACUAAAUAGUUAUCCUAGAUGUUAACAGCUUGUCUACAUUAGAAGUAAUAGAACUUGAAUAGAUUGAAACAUGGGGUCUCAAUUUAUCCCAAAGAGCAAAAAACAACUAAGUAUAAUAGUUCUUCUUCUUAAAAGUCAAAAAUAGUGACAUUCUGUAUGUAUUUUAUAUUCUAUACCUCUAGGUAGCAAACUUGCUUAUUCACUCAUAUGCCCUCAAAAAGAGUUUUAAUGAAGAGGAUAGUGAAUAUAGAGAUUGUUUCUUGGAUAUUCUCAGCAUACUCUUUGAUAAAGAAGAAUAAGUGUAAGCUGAGUGA